AUGCAGGCAGCGCCGCUGCUCGCCGGCCGCGGCCGCCCCCAGCGGCUCGCCCCCGAAGUCUCCCGCAUUCUUUACGUGCGAAAUUUGCCGUUCAAAAUUAACGGCGAAGAGCUGUACGACGUUUUUGGCAAAUACGGGUCUAUUCGGCAAAUCCGCAGGGGAACUUCGCCAGCCACGAGGGGAACAGCUUUUGUGGUGUAUGAUGACAUCUAUGACGCAAAAGCUGCUGUAGAUCAGCUGUCUGGAUUUAAUGUUGCAGGAAGGUACCUGGUGGUGCUGUACUACAACCCCACAAAGGCGCAGCAGCGGAGAGAUGCCCUUGAGGCUAAAGAGACUUUGGAGCGGCUGCGGGCCAACAAUUACCAGCCAACAAAAAUAUAA